AACGAACUGGACAGGACCAAGGCUCAGCUCGCCCUGAAAGAGAAGGAGAAGCGGGAAUGCCAAGCCGUCGUGGAUGGGCUGAGGGACACCCUGGACACGCGCAACGCCACCAUAGAGUCGCUGCAGAAGGUGCUGGGUGAGACGGACAUGCUCUGCUCCUCCCUGAAGAAGCAGAUGAAAUUCCUGGAACAGCAGCAGGAGGAUAACAGAAGCUCAAAGGAAGAGGCCCGGCGCCUGCGGAACAAGCUGCGGAGCAUGGAGCGGAUCGAAGCGCUGCUGCAGAGCCAGCGCCCCGAGGUGGAGGAGAUGAUCCGUGAGAUGGGAGUGGGGCAGGCGGCUCUGGAGCAGCUUGCGGUCUACUGCGUCUCCCUGAAAAAGGAAUAUGAGAACUUGAAGGAGGCUCGGAAGACAUCCAGUGAGGUGGCAGAGAAACUGAAGAAGGAGGUGUUUUCUGUCGGUAACAAGCUGCAGAAAACCAUCUCGGAGUUGGAGAAGACAAAGGAGGAGCUAAAAAGCACCCAGAAGGAUCUGAAGAAUGCAGAUAAGGAGAUCUUGAGUUUGAAGAAGAAGAUAGAAAUCCUGCAGGAUACUCUGAAAGUGCCAUCUGUAACCAGAGAGACCCUGAGCAGACUGGUCUUUGAAAGCCCCGCUCCCCUGGAGCUGCGGCACCCCAAGCUCCACCGCCCGGCCCACGGCGAGCCGAUCGAUCUGGAUGCCACUUUUGAUGUGGAUACCCCCGAGCCUCAGCCCUGCAGAUCUCUUUCCAGCCCAGCGAAAAGACAGAAGCUGGAUAAAAAGUCGCCUCCUGUGGUAAACCUGUCCAAGAAAAUUCUGAAGGAAACAGCAGAGGACUGGGCAGAAGACUUGGAGGAUGAGGCCCUUAGGGGACUCCUGCCAGCCUUCAUCAGGAACUCGGUGCUCUCCAAGAAGCCGUUCUCGGGCAGCUUGCUGGGCCCCCCAAAGCACGCGGGCGCUGUGAGGGUGGGCUACGACGGCUUGGGAGGCAGAACCAAGUUCAUACAGCCUACAAACCCCACGGAAAUCCGCCCGGCAGCAGUGAGGAGCAAGAAGAAGAACGUGUCCAGGCCGGCGCCCGCGGCCCCUUGCUCCAGCUCUAGCCAAGCCAAACUGGACUCCUUCCUGCAGUGA